AUGUUCAGAAAUAAUUACGACGGAGACACGGUGACAUUUUCGCCAACAGGGAGAUUAUUCCAGGUAGAAUACGCAUUGGAAGCGAUCAAGCAAGGGUCUGCGACAGUUGGGUUGAGAUCGUCUAAAUACGCGGUUGUUGUUGCAUUGAAGCGUAAUGCUGACGAGCUAUCGUCAUACCAGAAGAAAAUUAUCAAGUGCGAUGAGCAUAUGGGAGUUUCGCUAGCGGGAUUGGCGCCAGAUGCAAGAGUGUUGUCGAACUAUUUGAGACAGCAAUGCAAUUACUCUUCUUUGGUGUACAAUCGGAAAUUGGCUCUAGAGAGGGCUGGGUACUUGCUCAGCGACAAGGCUCAGAAAAACACACAGUCGUAUGGGGGCAGACCGUACGGCGUGGGUCUUUUGCUGGUUGGGUACGAUAACACUGGGGCGCAUCUAUUAGAGUUCCAGCCAUCCGGGAACACGUUGGAAUUAUACGGGGCAGCGAUUGGUGCGCGUUCGCAGGGGGCCAAGACGUAUCUCGAGAGGGUUUUGGACGAGUAUCGGGAUAUUGAGGAUGCGGAUGAGUUGAUCAAGCACGGUGUAGAGGCUCUAAAACACUCUUUAAAGGACGAGACGUUAAGCACGAAGAACCUGUCGAUUGCCAUUGUGGGCCACGACAAGCCAUUCACGAUCUACGAUGGAGACGACGUACAGCCAUACCUAUGA